AUGCACUUGAGCAAUAAUAGCCUAUCAGGAAAUGUUCCUUCAACUUUGAAGAAUUGUACUCUUUGGGAGACUCUCGACCUUGAACACAACAAUUUCUCAGGCCAGAUUCCUGCUUGGAUUGGCAAAAGCUUUCCGGCUUUAAGAAUUCUGAAUUUACGAUCCAAUAUGUUUACUGGCAACAUCCCACCACAAUUGUUAAACAUAACCUCUCUUCAGGUUCUUGAUUUGGCACAAAAUUGCUUAUCUGGUUCAAUUCCUCAAAGUCUUCAGAAUCUCAUGGCCAUGAAGAAUGAGCAGAAGAUGGGCCACUUUAUUUUGCAUGGAGCAGGAUCUUAUUAUGAGGAAAACUUGCUUGUGUCAGUGAAGGGGCGAAUGCUUGAAUACACUAGAACAAUUUCACUGGUUACAUGCAUGGACCUUUCAAGCAAUAACUUAUCUGGAGAAAUUCCUGAACAACUCACAAAUCUUCUGGGAUUGCAUGUCUUAAACUUAUCCGGAAACCAUUUGAUCGGAAAAAUCCCAGAUAAGAUUGGUAAAUUGGCAUUGCUAGAGUCUCUUGAUUUCUCCAGAAAUCAGCUUUAG